UCUAACAAUUAUAGCCAAAGUAAAUAGUGUACCAGAAUCACGGAGUAACUCUCAUAAAAAUGGGGCUUCUUUUAAUGAAGUGUCUGUUUGCCAUUAUCGCCAUAAUGGUGAUCAUUGUCCUUGUGGCCAACACGGCAUCGGCAUCGGAUUGCCUUUCCGGGAAGUUUAGUGGACCCUGCUGGGCCUGGGAUGGAGAACAGUGCCGUCGACUUUGCAAGGAGGAAGGACACGUCAGCGGGCAUUGCAGUCCCAGUCUGAAGUGCUGGUGCGAAGAGUGUUGAGUUCACUCCACUUGCAGCUGGAUAUGUGUUCAUGUCCUUACACACGAUUUAUGUAUUUUUUAUUGUACCUGCAAGUUAAUAAACAAAAUACAUAUCACAGCGGAACAAUGAAACCCGACAAUACACUUUAUUAUUAUUUUGUACCUUAAUUACGGUUCGCUUUGAUUUUCAUCCAUUGCGGUUUUUAGUUAUUUUAAGUAUGAAAAUAUAAAUACAUUUUACAACAUUUUUCA